UUGAUUCGAUUCGAUUCAGUUCUUGGCGGCCAACGCGUGUGAACGGCAGCACUUUUCCGAAACCCCGUCCCAAUAAAAGGGCGCCUACCAGGCAGCUAGAGGAACCCCAGAUGAACAAUUCGUAGAUCGUAGCGACCCAUGCAAACGAGUUGAACGUCGUCUCGGGAGGCUGAAACAGCAAAACAAACAAAAUCUGGAUUCUGUUCUUCGCGAUAAGAAAUUCGAAAUCGGAACGUUCAAAUGUCUACUACAGCUAGGUACAUUUAAUCGCUUUUGCAGUUUGGUCGUGUUCUACAUCGCAUCGGACCGAUAGAGGGAGAUUAAUCUGCUCGCGAAAAAUUAAGCCUUGAACUAAGCGCGGAGAGUGUGGUUCACCGUUAACGAAGUCAUCAAAGUGAAACGUAUUGCACCGUGUAUAGUAUUUAUUUAAUUUCAUUUAACCUCAAAGUGCAAUUAGAAGAGCGUGACAAACGGUUCUAUACCUAGUACUACUGCUGUUAGUGGCUUUGUUAGUGACCCCAGCGGAAGAAAUCCCAAAGAAAGUGCAAAAUGUCGUCGAAGAAAAUGUCAGACGGUCGUAUCGUGACCACGUACGAAUUUCCCGUCCGACCAGAGAAACAGACCUUCAAGCAGUUUUGCUACAACAGUUCUUCGGGAGAAAUUCUCGGCAGAACCACCAAAAGUUGGGGUCAGCUGGUCUUGUUCUACCUUGCCUUCUACGCCGUCCUGGCUGCAUUGUUUGCCAUCUGUAUGCAAGCCCUGCUCGCUACCAUGAAUCACGAGUACCCGAAGUGGCAGUUGGACGAAUCGCUGAUAGGAACCAACCCAGGGCUGGGCUACCGGCCAAUGCCGGCCGAUGUGGAGGAAGGUGCCAUGAUUCACUAUGCUGCCGCCAACAAGACCCAGGUGAAGGAAUGGGUCGGCCGGAUCGACGACUUCUUGGCUCCCUACCGGGAUCAAACGCUGCUUCCAGGCGGAGGAAAGAAUCAAAUGAUUUGUGAUUUCCAAAAGCGUCCCACCCCCGAAAACGUAUGCGCCUUCGAUGUUUCAAAACUGGGACCCUGCAAUACCGAGGAAGGAUACAGCUACAACAAAUCGGCACCGUGCAUAUUCAUCAAGCUGAAUCGCAUCUACGGCUGGAUGCCGGAGUUCUUCAGUGAUAUCAACGACCUGCCCGAAGACAUGCCCACCGAUUUGUCCGAUCACAUCAAAUCGCUGCCAGUGGAGGAUCGCAAACAGGUGUGGGUUUCGUGCAAUGGUUUGGCACCGGCGGACGUCGAAGCAAUUGGUCCCAUCGAGUACUUCCCGAACCGUGGCCUGCCUUCGUUCUACUAUCCCUACACCAACCGUCCCGGAUACCUGAGUCCACUGGUUGCGGUGCAUUUUGCACGUCCAGCAGUUAAACGCAGCAUCAACGUCGAAUGUCGCGUGUGGGCCAAGAAUGUUGUCUACCGUGGAGGCCAGCGUGAUCGACAAGGUUCGGUUAACUUCAUUCUGCUCAUCGACUAAUUCAAAUAAUUUGCUGGAACUGGGUAGCUUUUGUUAAUAAUCGAUGUAAGACGACGGACGCGGAUCAGGAACAUAAAAUGUGGACCAAACUUUACCAAUAGCACUGUUGCUAUUCAACUCGUAGGUUGUAUAUUAUUUCUUCACAUUGGUUGUUGUUGAUUGAUUUACCCAAAUCCAGAACAUUGACCACGUUCGUGAUGGUCAAUCUGAACUAUGUUGUAAUUUAAUGUGAAUCCAUAGAAGAAAUAUCUCCGAGUCAAUUGGAGUAACGAUAGACAAAGCUGGAAAAGUUGGCAAAUAAUAGGUAACUCCUUAUCCAGGACUCAAGCAAACCUAUUUACUUAAUUGAGAUGUGAUUAGAGAUAUAUUAGAACAAAGAGAAUGAGAAUAAAUUAUACGUAUUAGGAAGAA